AAUUCCUACAAGCUUUACGAGGAAAGCGUGUUGGUUUUAGGCAGAAAGCCAAAAUCCCAAACCCAACGCGUCCGAGUCAAAUCGCUCCCCUCCAACUCGUCACCAUCUUCUUCAAAUUUUAUUAAAAAAUUUUUUAAAAAAAUCACUAGCAAACCACCAUGAAUUGAUCGAUAUACAUCAAGAUCCGGCGUCGUUUUCUCCGAUUAAAUUGGACCUGAACAUUGGUGGAUUUUCCAUUACCGGAGAAGCUGAUAUUGUGAGAAUUGGACAAGCAUGAGUUUUGUGUUUCGAGGGACUAGAGCUGAUUUAGAAAAUGGCUUCCCAGGAUUUGUCCCUGAGCGGCGAGCGGUGCGUGUCCAUACAACGCGGCCUGUUAAUUCCAACUCUCUUGUUUUUCUUGUCACAGUUCUUUUGUUAUUCAUGAUACUGAACUCGCAACAAAUGUCACCUAACUUUAUGCUUUGGUUAGUGCUUGGUGUAUUUUUGAUGGCUACAACUCUAAGAAUGUAUGCAACUUGUCAACAACUUCAAGCUCAGGCUCAAGCCCAUGCUGCCAUGGCCAGUGGUCUUCUUAGUCAUACUGAGUUACGUUUGCAUAUGCCACCAUCCAUAGCACUUGCAACCAGGGGACGUUUACAAGGCCUCAGACUCCAACUUGCACUUCUGGACCGGGAAUUUGAUGACCUAGAUUAUGAGACUUUGAGAGCAUUGGAUUCUGAUAAUGUUCCCACCACUGCAUCCAUGAGCGAGGAAGAAAUAAAUGCUCUUCCAGUUCACAAGUACAAGGUCACUGCUCUUCAAAGUGGUGGCUCUUCAAUGCAACAAGCCUCAUCUUCUGUCUCAGCUGAGCAAAAGAAGCAAGAUACUGCCAAUGCAGUGGGAAGCAUGAAGGCUUCAGAUGAUGAUCUGACUUGCAGUGUGUGCUUGGAGCAAGUUAAUGUUGGAGAACUGAUCCGCACUUUGCCAUGCUUGCAUCAGUUCCAUGCUAAUUGCAUUGAUCCAUGGCUGAGGCAACAAGGAACAUGCCCUGUUUGCAAAUUCAGGGCAGGAUCUGGGUGGCGCGAAGGACAAGGUGGAACUGAUGCUUCUUACAUGGUUUAACUGCAGGCAUUGGCCUAUACAUCAAUGAAAUCAUUCUGAUGAAAAGUACCUGCUUAUAUAGAAGCCUAUUAAUCAAGAUGAAUUGUAAUCAAGAAAACGGCAGGUUGCUGUAUGAUCAGUAUCAUUUGAACUUCUUUUUGAAGAAAAAUGGGGGGAAGAAUAGUUAAUAGCAAAAGUUAAUUGUAGUUCAGAAGCGUACUAAGAAAAUUAUAUUUUUAUAAUGUGUUUUAACA